GCCUUCUCUGUUUGGCCGGACGUCCCGCCCUCUGCCUGUUCCUCCGCUGAGGAGGGGGCGAGGUAGCUAUGGCGGCUGUCAGCGACGUGCAGCGGCUACAGGCCCGUGUGGAGGAGCUGGAGCGCUGGGUGUACGGGUCUGGCGGGCCGCGCGGCUCGCGGAAGGUGGCUGAUGGCCUGGUCAAGGUACAAGUGGCUUUGGGGAACAUUGCCAGCAAGAGGGAGAGGGUGAAGAUUCUCUACAAAAAGAUUGAAGACUUGAUCAAAUAUCUGGAUCCUGAGUACAUUGACCGCAUUGCCAUACCUGAUGCCUCUAAGCUGCAGUUUAUCUUAGCAGAGGAGCAGUUUAUCUUAUCCCAGAUUGCACUCCUGGAACAGGUGGAGGCUUUGGUGCCUAUGCUGGACAGCGCUCACAUCAAAGGUACCUCUUUAGAGCAGAGAAUUCAUUUUCAGAACCUCAGGCAGUUUGGACCUAAGGACACUAGUCCGUUCCUGAGCAUGCCACCCGCCUGCAGCGCUUGGCCCAGAUCCACAUCCAGCAGCAGCUUUAGAGAGGGGAAGGGACUUGCUUGGCCACAUCGGGAUCUUUUGACUCUCUGAAUAGGACUAUUCUGAGAUACCAGAAGAUUGAUGAUGGGAAGUACCCAAGAAUUUCUGGGGAUGGUGUGUCCUUGACUAUGGGUGGAGGAGCUGUUUUUUGGUUUUUUGUUUUGUUUUGCUUUAUUUUGUUUUGCCAUUCCCAGGCCCCAAAGUUUAAAGAGGGUUCAAAUAUAGGGGGCAGGGGAGGAGGACACAUAUACUAGCAGGAGUGUUUCCUUAAAUGUGUGGUUCACUCCCCUUAGGACUGCUGUUAGGGUACCCAUCCCGGAGCCCCAUUAGAAAUUUCCUCCUUUUGACUCUGGGGUGAAACACUACUUUUUCUAGGCUUUAUGGGCUGUGAAGGUCCCUGACGAGGCAGGAAAGUUAAUGGGAAGUGGGGGCUUUAUCCAACCCCUUUCUCUGCCAUACGUUGUCCCCGUAGGACCAGUGUGUGGAGAUCACUGAGGAGUCCAAGGCUCUCCUGGAGGAAUACAA